ACAAUAAGCAAGCAAGGUCGCCGGAUUCGGUAGCCACCGCUGCGCUGCUGUUGCUGUCGGCCCAAAAGAAGGAAGUGUCUUUUCCCCCUAGAGGAGAGGCCUAACCCUCGAAGCAACCCCCCUCAUCAACGCCGAAACAGAGAGGUUCGAAUACAGACACGGCCCUACUUCCAUUUCCAUCACGUACCCAAAACUUGCUGGGCAAACCAACGAAGCGUUGCUUCGGUUCUCGCUUUCCAACGUUGAAGUCCACAAGCAAAAGCCUUCGCGUCCUCCCAAGUAAAAGCAAAAGAGAGGAGAAUAAAGAGAAAAAAGAGGGCCUGAGGAAAAUAUCGAGUACUUGCUUUGCUUCUAAUGAUAGUCUUCCUUCUCUGUUCUUUUCUAGAAUAUAAUGGAGUGUCCGGGUCUUUUUGUUUGUUGAGGAUAGGUGGAGGGGUUGGGGGAGAGAGAGAGAGAGAGAUGGCUACUCUGACUGCUUCUCCUCUCGUCCCUUCGAAGUUGGAAUCUCCUUCUCUUUAUCAGAAACAGAGGUCUCUGUUUCACUACAGGAGAUCUACCAAGAAGAAAAAUCUCUCUAUAGUCCCCGUUGCGAGGUUAUUUGGGCCGGCGAUCUUCGAAGCGUCCAAGUUGAAGGUUCUCUUCUUGGGCGUGGAUGAUAAGAAGCAUCCGGGGACGCUUCCGAGGACUUACACCCUCACUCACAGUGAUGUCACUUCGAAGCUCACUCUGGCUAUAUCUCAGACCAUAAACAACUCUCAGCUGCAAGGAUGGUACAACAGAUUACAGAGAGAUGAAGUUGUGGCAGAAUGGAAGAAAGUGAAGGGGAAGAUGUCUCUGCAUGUCCACUGCCACAUCAGUGGAGGCCACUUCCUCCUGGACUUGGUUGCCAAGCUCAGAUACUUCAUCUUCUGCAAAGAGCUCCCUGUGGUGUUGGGGGCAUUCGUGCAUGGGGAUGGGCAUCUUCUAAACCAGCACCCAGAGCUGCAGGAGGCUCUGGUCUGGGUGUAUUUCCACUCCAACCUUCCAGAGUUCAACAAGGUAGAGUGCUGGGGCCCACUUAAGGACGCCACCGCCCCUUCCUCGGCCGGGGCCCGCAAGGGGGAGGAGGUUGAGACAGAGAUGCCGCCCACCGAGUGGGAGCUGCCGGAGGCGUGCCGCGCGGAGUGCGAGUGUUGCUUCCCUCUGAUGAGCUCGAUACAUUGGUCGGAGGAGCUUCCCCGGCAGAGCGGGGCCGGUGGGUACGGGGCCCAGGAGGGUGCGGGCCAGCAAAGCUAAGCCCAAAGCGACAAACCUUGUAUCUGCCUAUUGGUCAGCUAUUGCCUUUACUUGUCUGAUGGGUGUGCUUUGUAAAUGAAUGCAUGAAAUUGUGUAUAUAAGAAGCCAAUUUGUUGAAUGAAUUUCUCCCAAGCAAAGUCUUGGGUCGCU